UUGGCGAUUUCAAAGAUGCCGCCGAGGACUUCAGCUGAAAAGCAGAAAAAAUAUCGCGAUAAGUUGAAAAAAGAAAACCCUCAAAAGUAUGAAGAAAUACAAAAGAAGGCCAAAGAAAGAUCUGCACGUUACUAUGAGAAAAAAAGAGUACCUAUACUGAAGAGCACAAACAAGAAUUACGGAAUAAAUGGAAGACUGAAACAAGAAACUGCACAACUGAGAUUACAGUUAAAUACAUUGACUAAAGAUUUCAAAAGUGUUCAGAAAAAAACGAAUAGACAACAAAAGAACAUAGACAAGAUGCAGGCAGAUUACGAAAAUUUAUACUAG